AUGUCUGAAAACGCUUCUACAUUUAAACCUAUCAAUUCAAAUAAUAAUUCUGAUUCAUCUUCAUUACCAUUAAUAUCAUUUCGUUUAUCACCUUCAUUUCCUAAUUGGAGAAUUAAUUAUAAACCAAUGCCUCAAAAAUUUCAGUCAAAAGGUAUUUGGGCUGGACAUCAAACUCAAGAUGAAUUUAUGACAAUGCAUCUUCGAUAA